GGAAUGACAAAGGACAAUCGCUCAAUGAGACAGAGGCUUGGGAGUGCAGGGCUUGCUAAGCCACGACGCCGCGCUCUCAAGCGGAGUUGGGGUCCAAAAACCACAACGCUAAACGGGUUUGCCUGGAGUCAGCUUCUUGCGUAGUUUGUCACCCUGAAAGCUUGGACUUCAUCAUCUUCAACUAUUGAUCGUUUUCUUUCGAUUUAUCUUCCCCAGAUUGUUCACCUGCGAGAGUGAAGAUACCAGUAUGGCGAACAGACGGGUUACGCGGCCGAGGUCGCGAAAUGGCUGCAUUACCUGCAAACUCCGGCACGUCAAAUGCGAUGAGGCGAAGCCUGAAUGUUUGCAGUGUCAGCGAUCUGGUCGCAAAUGCGAUGGCUACGAUAAUGCCUCGCAGACUCAGCUCCGCCAGCGCAUCGCCGAGCGACACCGUCCGCUUGAUCGAGACAAUGUCGGUGCCGACCAUCGGCUUCUUCUGCGACAGGAGACACGCACCGAGCGACGAUAUGUCGAUUUCUUCUACGCGCAGACCUCGUCGGCUUUUUCGGGGUUCUACGACUCGAAACUGUGGUCGUAUCUCAUUCCGCAACUGGGCGAGCAUGAGCCGAGUAUUCGACAUGCGAUAACUGCCAUAGGCGCGAUUCAUUCGAGAAUCCAGAAUGCGAAGCUGCUCACAUCAAAUGAGAACUCGGCGCCCACAGACUGGUUCGUGAUUGAAGAGUACAACAAGUCCAUCCAGGGCCUGACGAAAUCGCUCGCCUCUGCAACUGCAAGCCUCGAGCUGACGUUAACGACCUGCUGCCUCUUUGUCUGCCUCGAAAUACUGCAAGGAAACCGGAAAGCAGCCCUCGACCACAUCGAAGGUGGCCUUCGCAUCAUCCAGCGCCACGAAGAAUUCACCUCAAUGAAUGCCCGCCAAACUGAGCUGUAUACAGAACUCCGCAGCCUCUUCACCCGCCUAAACCUCCAAGCAUCUUUCAUGGGCCGCCUCCUAGCCCCCCUGAAAUACUCCCCUGUCGACUUCAUUCGCCCAGGGACUCCCUUCACGACCCUCACCCAAGCCCGCAGCCACCUCGACCAGAUAAUGACCAAGGGCCUCCUCUUCAUCCGCUCCAUUGGCAUCAUGCGUGAAGCCCGCGAUCCCGCGGAGCUAGCUGUGCUCGAGGAAGAGCAGGAAAUUGUCCGGCUUGACCAUACAUCCUGGCGCUGGUCGUUCGACAAGUUCCUCCAGAAGCACGGCAGCAGUUUCAAUCCGUCGGAGAUAUGCGCCUCCCUCCUCCUGAAAAUCUACUACCACAUCUCCCUCAUCUGGACGUCCAUUGUCCUUUGCCGUUCCGAAGACGCCCACGACAACUUCAUCUCAGACUACGAAGCCGUUCUCUCCCACGCUGAGGAACUCGUCCGCAUCACGUCAUCAACCUCGUCGACGGCCCCAUCAGACAAACGGUCUCGCGACGCAGCGUUCUCGCUAGAAGGCGAAAUUAUCGGACCACUCUACUACGCCGCGUGUAGAUGCCGGGACCCAUUCAUCCGGCGCCGCGCAAUUAAUAUUCUAGUGCACUACUCGAAAACAGAGGGGAUGUGGGAUGCAAGGCUUCACUCGGCUGUUGCAAGGCUCGUCUGUGAGGUUGAGGAGAGCCAGUGUCUGGUGCCACCGAGUUGCGCGGCGGAUAUUGGGACUUUGGCGAGGGUUUAUGAGGAGGUGCAGCCGAAGGAUUUCAAGACGAAUCCCGUGCUGGUCGUCCUGUAUAUGAAGCCGCAGGGAGUAGAUGGGCCGUGGAAAAUGAGGAGCGUUAUGGUUGAUUGGUAGAUUGGGUUUCUGUUUUGCGUGGUGGUUUACCUACUUGGUUAGUUUUUUUUUUUAGCGUUCUGGACGGCUGGAUUACGGUCUUAUACAAACCACUGUAUGUAUAAACUGAGGGCAUUCUCCAAGGACAUAGAGUACUCUACCAAUUGGAUGGUUUCUGCCUUUUGCGCAAGACUCUGAGUCGGAG